AGUAUAAGAGGUUAGACACUAAGCUUAAAAAGAAAAUGAUGGAAGUUAAGAGAAGUCCAUUUGGAAAUAACAAUUUCAGAUCAAUCAAUGGCAUAAUCAUGAGGUUCCCUCAGAUCAAAGAGGGAUUGAAAGACAUCCGAGGUGUCUUUGAACAGUGCGAUGAAGAUUCUAAUGGAACUAUUGACCUUGAGGAACUCAAGAAAUGCUUACAGAAAUUGCAACUCCAUCUUACAGAGAAGGAAAUUGAUGAUCUUUUUCACUCAUGCGACGUAGAUGGGAGUGAAGGGAUACAAUUCAAAGAGUUUAUUGUUCUUUUGUGUCUAAUUUAUCUCCUAAUGGAUCGCUUGAACUCUCCUCACAUUACAUCAAAGAUGGGAUCGCCACAACUUGAAGCCACGUUUGAUACUAUAAUCGAAGCAUUCUUGUUUCUUGACAAAAAUGGUGAUGGAAAGCUGAAUAAGAAAGACAUGGUCAAAGCACUAAAUAGGGAUUCUCCUCUGGAGAUUUCCCCAGCACACAUUACAAGGACUCGAUUUGAAGACAUGGACUGGGAAAGAAAAGGGAAGGUUAGCUUCAGAGAGUUCCUUUUUGCUUUGAUCAAUUGGGUUGGAAACAAUGCUGAUGAUGAGAUUCUUGUGGCAGAAAGUUAA